UCAUACAGUCUGUCUCAGGUCUCACAAGAACAAGUGUAGAGCACUGUUGCUGAUGUCUGCGGUGCUUCAGAUCUCUGGACUGACCUGGUGGGAACAGCAGACGUGGUGGCAGGGGUUUUGUGGUGUCCUGUCAGUCCUUCUGCUGUCUCCGCUGGGCUUGUUGUGCUAUUGUGAGAGCAGGCAGCAUCUUAAAAACCGAACAGCAGCCGGUGAGGUGUCAAGUUCGUCUCUGCCGCAAUGUUUAUUUACAUUAAACAUGGAGAUAAUAACCAGUUCCUAGUUAACACCAACUGUCCAACCGUUGUCCUCACUGAAUACAUAAAAACCAGGCUGGGACUUGCUGAGUCAGAGCUCAUAGACCUGUGUGAUGAACGAGGAGUGCUGAAAUUCCUCUUCUUGCCCCAGAAUUCACAGCAGUCUGCUCGCGGACUGCUAAAGGCUAAAGAGUCAUUCAGUGUUUGCAUUAUUAAGCGUACAUCUGAUGGGGCUUAUAACUCGGUCACAUCACUGUUAUCCGGUAUUGACCAUGCUGUAAAAGAGACCCUGAAGACUCAGAUUGACAAUCUUGAGAAAACUCGUCUGAAGCAGCUUCAUAUUGUGGAGGCUCGUAUGGCUACAUCAGAGGAAAUCAAUGCUCAGGCUCUGUCCACCAAAACUACUAAAAAGCGCAAGAAAGUUACACAUGCCAGUGCCCCUGAUGAAGAAGUCCAGCGCCACACAGGGGACAGGAAGAGCAGAAACUGAACAAAAGCCCUCACAUUCAGCAUUCAGCAUUCAUACUCAUUCUUAAUGAUGAGUCUCAGUUUAAUUCAUUCAAAUUACAGACGUGUUCAUCAGAAAUGCUGUUUUUUUUACUAUUGAUCUUUUUACUAGGUGAUUCAAGUUGCUACAUUGAUUUUAUAACAGAUAAAACUCAGACUAUAUUCUCCAGAAGAAUGGAAGACAUAUAGGAAGGAAUUGAAUAAAGCAAUGUUUCAAUGCAAACGUAUUCCCUCUGUCUGUCUGUCUGUCUCUGUGUGUGUGU